AUGAAUUCUUAUUUCGCAAACCCGUCGCUCUCAUGCCAUUUAGCUGGUGGUCAAGAGGUUUUACCAAACGUGGCCCUAAACUCAACUACCUAUGACCCAGUUCGACACUUCCCCUCCUACGGAACCGCCGUGCCUCAAAACCGGAUAUAUUCCUCGCCUUUCUAUUCGCCCCAAGACAACGUUGUAUUCGGCUUGACCAGGGGACCGUACGAGUAUGGAUCCAAUGUGUUUUACCAAGACAAAGACGUGCUGCCCAGCUGUAGGCAGAGCAGUUUGGGACAAGGUGCACAAAGCUCGCUCGCCCAGGAUUACCCGUCUGAUCAGGGCAGGAACGGCUCACAGGAACAGAAGGAGAGCAUUCAGAUCUACCCGUGGAUGCAGCGGAUGAACUCUCAUAGUGGUGAGUAGGCCUAUUACAAACUCCUAGAGAUGAAUUCAACGAGCUGGUCCGUUUUACGACUGGGGAAGCUACUUUUUAUCACCCCAUAAACCAUUACUACAGCAGCACCCUGUCGCCGGCAAUAAAGGCCUUUUUAUCGUCAUCCCUAUUUCCCUCAAAACAAAAUAGUUUAUAUAUUUUAAGCUAAUACUUUUGUGACCAAUAUUAAAGAGUUCACGGUAUUUUAAGACGAAUAGCCUACCAUCUCUUCAAAUAUCACUCAGUGGACUGGGUUCCCCUGAUAGCGAAAGUGUGUGUGUGUGUGUUGCGUCAGUAUGCACCACCAUUGUUGUUGAUUAUUUCGAUUAUUGCGAAACAUAGGCUAGCAUGGAAGAACUGACAAGAUUAGGCUAUAUCCUAGACAUCGAUUCUUUCUGUGGGUUUUUUGUGAUUAUGUGUGUGCGUGUGUUUGGGUAGUGACAUUGCAUAUCCUACGUAAAAAAAUAUUGAUUUUGCCUGAUUAUGCUAAUUCAAAACUGUGUUUUCCACUCAGGAGUUGGAUACGGUUCUGACAGACGAAGAGGCCGCCAAAUUUACUCCCGGUACCAAACUCUAGAACUCGAAAAGGAAUUCCAUUUCAACCGCUACUUGACAAGACGCAGACGUAUCGAAAUCGCCAAUGCACUCUGUCUCUCCGAACGUCAGAUAAAAAUCUGGUUCCAGAAUCGCCGGAUGAAAUGGAAAAAGGAAAGCAAUCUAACUUCCACUCUCACUGAAAGUGGUUUGGCAGGGGCGAGUCAAGACACGGGAAAAGAGGACACAGAAGAGGCGACAGAAGAGAAGAAAGAAUGA